AUGAUGAUUCAAGAAACAUUCAGAGUCAAACAUGAAGAUACUGAGGAACAAACAGACCUGAUGGCGCUGAAAGAGGAGAGUCAAGAACUGAAUGGAACUCAAGAGAAAGAUCAAAAUGAGAAACAUCGUGAUUUCAAAGCUGAAGAAAAUAUAAUAUGCUCUCAGUGUGGAAAGUGUUUUACACAGAAAAAAAACCUUAACGUCCACAUGAGAGUUCACACUGGAGAGAGACCUUACACCUGCAAACUGUGUGGGAAAAGUUUCUCAGUAAGUGGAAAUCUUAAAAAUCACAUGAGAAGUCACACUGGAGAGAAGCCAUUUGUGUGUGAUCAGUGUGGAAAGAGUUUUAAACAGAAAAAACUCCUUAAUGGCCACAUGAGAGUUCACACUGGAGAGAGACCAUUCACAUGUGAUCAGUGUGGAAAGAGUUUCAGAUACAAAGAAAACCUUAAUUAUCACAUGAUGAUUCAUUCAAGAGAGAACAGUUUUAAAUGUCGUCAGUGUAAAAGAAGUUUCUCAGACAUUAAACACCUUAAGAAUCAUGUUAAAAUUCACAUCGGAGAAAAGCUUUUCAUGUGCCAUCACUGUGGAAAGAGUUUAACAAACAAUGCAAACCUUGAGGAUCACUUGAGAAUUCACACUGGAGAGAAACCUUUCAGCUGCCCUCAGUGUGGAAAGAGUUUCAGGCUCAAAGGAAACUUAAAGACUCACAUGAGGAUUUACACUGGAGAGAAGCCGUUCACAUGUGAUCAGUUUCUCAUAUAACAAACACCUGAAACAUCAUUUGCUAACUCAUUCUGGGGAGAAAUUGCUAUUUUACUCUGCCUGACAAGGUUUAGAAAAAAGGAGCGAUUUCUACAAUCAUCUGUGCAUUCAUUCUGGAAGACAAUUAUUGUCAUUGUUAAUAUAAAAAAAAACGUCAUGCAAAUUUAAGAUCCUGUUAUUGUUUUUUCUGGCCCUUCCUGGUCGAUUCCUUCCAUGUAUAGCUCAUCGCAAUCUGUCCGCAGAAAGUUGUGCAGAGCACAGCCAGCUAAAACAAUGUCCUCCACUUUGGCAGUAUCUUGAAUGUUAAUGGUGUUUAGAAAGACUCUAAAACGAUUUGCAAGGAUACCAAAAGCAUUUUCUACCACCCUCCGAGCUCGUGAAAGUCUGUAAUUGAGUAUGCGUUGCUGAACUGAUAGUCUGCGGUUUGGAUAUGGCUUCAUGAGAUACUCCUUCAAGGGAAAUGCCUCAUCUGCCACAAUACAAAAAGACCCAGACAGUUUGGGAAGUUCCACUGAGUCUCAAAUCCAUGUGUCACUGUUCCACUGUGUCAGGGCACUGAAAUACAAAUAAAUUACAACCAAGAACACAUGUUGGCUUCUUUCAUGCCAGCUACAGGAUUCCUAAAAUGAAAAUCUUUAAAAAAAAAAAAAA